GCAUUUCGUUUGUAAAGUUUAAAUUUGAGGAAAAUAUUUUAAAAUUUAUUGAUUUGUUGUGAUCAAAAUGGUACAGAAAGGCAAAAAGUUUAAGCAAAGAUUUAAGCCCCCUACCUCCAGCGGACCAAAAACUCUUCCGGAAGCCUCCUGGAAGCAUGUCAAACUAAGUGGCCCUGUGAUCUGCGAUGAUGGGGGCGAUUUGGCCGGAUUGAUUGGCCUGGAGAUUCUGGAAAACUACGAUCGCGCUUUGGUAAAAAAGGAUAAAAAGAAGAAAGUAGACGAAGAUUCUCUUGUGCUAGAAAAAGUCCAAAAAACGCGAGCGACCAAAAAAAGCUCAAAGAGAGUCUCCGACGACAGUGAAGAUGAUAUCGAUAUAAAACUGCCAUCCAAAAAGAAACAGCAGCAGUUGAAAAGGAAAAGGCAAUCGGAUUCAUUUUCGGAAGAAAGCGACGAUGAUUCAGGAUUCGAUGAUAAACCACUAAAAAAGCAGCAGAAAGUGGAAAAACGGCAAAAUAAUGCACCCACUGAACCACUCCACAAUGUAGAGGAUGAUGAAUUAGAACAGGAUCAUGUUCCUGGCCGUUUUGUCAUGUUGCAUAAGACUGCAGAAGAUGGAAGCGAAACUAAGAAAAAGAAAAGGAAGAGGCGUAAAAACAAGAAAAAGGAUAAAUCUGCACCGAAGAAAGCGGAUUCAACCAAGACUUACUCGAGUGCAGAAUAUUUCAAAUGGACCGAACUCGGUGUCUCUGAGCCGAUCGUACGGGCUCUGGCUGACAAGGGUUUCCGUCAUCCGACCGAGAUCCAAAUACUUUCGUUGCCGGUCGCCAUCAUGGGCAGACGAGAUCUACUGGGAGCCGCGGAGACCGGAAGUGGCAAAACACUAGCGUUUGGAAUUCCGCUUCUGGAAGGAAUUAUGAAGCUCAAGGCGUCCGAACCAUGCCGGCUAAAGGAACAUGAUUCCGGUAAACAGGGGGAAGGACGCGAAGGACAUGAACUUACACCACCCCCGGAAGAUCUGGAAUAUUAUCCGGAACCGGACGGUGCGAAUUCGUCGGUCCUCUUGGCAAAGGAUCUCGAUGACGAGAAAGAGCAGAUGGAGAAACCUCUGUACGCGUUGAUAUUGACCCCUACGCGUGAACUGGCCGUUCAGAUCAAUGACCACUUAAAGGCGGUUACCAAGUAUACGGACAUCAAGAUUGCAACCGUUUUCGGAGGCUUGGCAACCGUUAAGCAAGAGAGAAUGCUGAAAAAGUGUCCAGAAAUCGUCAUUGCUACUCCUGGUCGGCUUUGGGAGUUGAUCCAAGCACGGAAUCCUCAUUUGAGCAAAGUUGAUAGAAUUCGCUUCUUGGUUAUUGAUGAAACGGAUCGUAUGCUGGAGAAAGGUCAUUUUGAGGAACUGAAGCAGUUGCUAGAAAUGAUCAACAAAAACGAGGAAGCAACGAAGCUCCGGCGAAACUAUAUCUUCUCCGCCACUUUGACAAUGGAUCACGAUCUGCCGGAACACCUGGUGGCCAAGGCGAAGAAGAACAAAAAACUAAAUGUUAUGAAAGAAACGACCGGCCAGCGGUUGAACAAUUUAGUCCAAAUCAUUGGUAUGACCGAACCAAAAGUCGUCGACAUCACCCAGCAGCACGGAACGGCCCACACGCUUGUCGAGUCGAGGAUUCUUUGCAAAGCGGAGCAUAAGGACUAUUACCUGUAUUACUUCCUGCAGCGACAUCCUGGCCGGACAUUAGUGUUCUGCAAUUCGAUCGACUGCGUCAAGCGGCUUGUUUCACUGUUCGGAUAUUUGAACUGCGAUCCACUAAGUCUGUUCGGUAGCAUGCAGCAACGACAACGUCUGAAAAAUCUAGAACGAUUCACCCAAAACCCGGCUGCCUUACUAAUCGCAACGGACGUCGCUGCUCGUGGUCUGGACAUUCCCAAUGUGGAUCACGUCAUUCACUAUCAGGUUCCGAAAGCUACCGAAAACUAUGUUCAUCGUUCCGGUCGAACGGCUCGUGCCAGCAAGGAAGGCAUCACGGUACUGCUGAUUGGAGCGAACGAAGUUAGCGACUACGUCAAACUCAAUCAAGCGUUGGGCAGGACCGAAGACCUACCGAUGUAUCCGACAUCGGAGCGAAUGAUGAAGCAGAUCAAGGAGCGCGUUAAUUUGGCACGCGAUAUCGAGAAAAUGGAUUUACGUCAGAGAAGGAGCAAUGAAAGCAGAAGCUGGGAAGAUAAGGUGGCAAAAGAGUUCCAAAGUGAUUCGGAUCUGGACAGUGAACAAGAAGAGGAACGUAAGCUAGCCAAAGGCAAGGAGAAACGCCAAAUGAAGGCGAGACGGUUCGAGCUAAGCCGCUUAUUGGCCAACCCCAUCGUAAUGGAUCGGAUCGAGCUGAAAUUCCCAACUUCGACCGUGUCCGUCAAUUUACCGGCGGAAAAAGAACACUCUGCAAUCAACCUGGUUAAACGAGUUGUUGAAGAGAACAUCCACUUUAAAAAGCAACGUAAUAAAAAGAAAAAGUUUGAAUAAUGCUAGGUUUAGCGAAUCAAAUUUGUUUCAAGACGCAUACUAAA